AUGGACAUGUUGGAUAAAUUGAAUGUUAGAAGGGCUGUAGCGCUUUUGAUGAAUGGAGUCCAUGGAGAAGAGUUAUCAAAGCAGUUGUUAGAAUUUCAAUCAUUGUUCGUCCGUCAAGCAUAUCGACGGAAAAGAACCCAAGUGUCUCUACAUAUUCCAUUGCAUAAAUCAAUGUUGGAAGAGAUAUGGACGUCGGCUAAUCUAUCCGAGGAAGACGGGAAAUGGCGAAAAAUUGGUUUUUCGACUGAAGCGCCUAAAUGGGAAAUUCAACGAGUUGGAUAUUUAGGUCUUGAAAAUAUGCAUGAAUUCGUGAAAAAGGAUACCGAAAAAUAUCAGAAGACAAUACUGGAACAAGUCAAUCGACCCGCAGAGCGUCGAUGUCCAUUCGCAAGGACAUCAAUCGAGGUCACUGAAUUAUUAUGCGAUUAUUGGGAUGUUAGUACUGGAUACACAACGUCGACUUCAUUUCAACCAUUAUUGUUAUCAUUUGAUAAAAUCCAUUAUAUUACUGUGAAAUCAUUUUUCCGGUUGUGGAAUGAGAUGGAGGCGACAGUUGAUGAUUUUCCAAAAGUCUCGGCCUUGGUGAGAAGUCAAUUGAAAUUCGCUCUGCGUGAUGAAGCGACAAAACAACUUUAUGAGUUCGAAAAGGAUAUGCUUGAAGUUGAAUAUAAGGUCAUUAGGGAUAGACAAUUAAAAGAAUUAGAGUUGGGCGACGAUCUGCUAAGCAAGACUCCUGUCAGGAAUCUACGCGAACGCCUAUACACUGAAUCCUAUGAAUUCGUCAAGCAACAACGUCGUAGAUCAAUGUCAAAUAAAAAGUGGAGAUUUUAUAGGCUCAGCCCAAACAUGAAAUUUCUUCACUAUAAUGAUUUCACAAAUAAAGUCUUGGUUAGAGAAGGCGUUGAGGAGUUACCUGAAAGGAUUGACCUAUCAUUGGUGACUGAUGUGAUGACGGGCCCCAGUCUAACCACCACGGAUUCUCCAUCCAGAAGAUCAUUCAACAAUCCCAAUGACCUCACAUUUUCCUUAAUGUCGGGUCCGGAUACUUCUUUGGCAGAUUUUCUUGCUUCUGAUUUUGUGCAGUUUAGCGAAUGGACCGAUGGACUGAACAUGUUGUUCGAUAAGAACAUUGGUAGCAAGGAUACAGCGGAAUUUAUUCACGUGUUGACUGAGAUCGGAGUAAAAGUAAAAUUGUUGGACUUAAGUGGCGAGAGAGUUGAGAUUCCUCAGGACGUUGAGGUCCCCAACAAGUUACCAGUUAUCGGAAAUGGUUUCUAUUAUGACGACCCUUUUUCGUAA